CUCUUCAGCGCUGCCUGUGAGGCAUGCCGGGUAGUGUAGUUCCUGUGGUGACGUUUGACAGCUGUCGCGGCCAUGUUACGUACUACACUUCCCGGCAUCCCCAGCGCGCUGUGCUCCGGCCGGGCCGCUUUCCUCUUCCUGAAUUGGGCGGCAGGUUUAAGUUGCCAUAGCUGCGGCUGCGGUGACAGUUACUGAGGAUGGAAGAAGGAGGAAGACGGAGGAAGACGGUAGUCUGAUUCGGAUUCAUGGCGGAUUCCUCCAGUGACUCUGACUCCCACCUCCGGUCCCGGGUGAGCAGGCGGGGUCCUCUACGGGCGUCACACAUGUAUACCAGGCCGCGAGCAGCGGGCGACGUGUCUGAGAAGAUCCAUAAGCUGGCGAAUACAUUACAGGACACGAGCCGGAAUCUAAAGCAGGUGGACGAGAUGCUUGGACAGUACAGAGAGUACAACUCCGACCAGGCCGAAGCCAUAACCACACUCAAAGAAACCCUGGAACAAUCCAUCGAACAUCUGAGAAGUCAGCGCCUGUCGCGCCUGUCUGGGGGCCGGAGCGCGUCCCUGUCCAGCUUGUGCGCCAGCGAUCUGGACACCACUACAGUUUCUGGAAAUCCGCGCCAUAAGCCGACUUCACCCCUAAAAGACUAUAGUGACUUGGGCGCAAACAGGCGGCGGCGUUCUCGCUCGGCUAGCGUGCGCUUUGUGGAUGAGACUUGUGAUUCCGAACAGCUUCAUUCCUUACACCAGUCUUUGCGGGAUCUGAGCAGCGACCAAAUAAGACUGAACGACGACCUGAGCAGAGAACUUGCCCACAGAAACAGAACUGAAGCCAAAACCAACAGAGUCCUGCAGGAAUUAUCCGCCCGCCUGGACGGAGCCCAGAACCAGGAAUCGGUCUCAGAGCGAGUGGAGCGACGGCUGCAGCAACUGGAGCGGGAGAUGAGAACAGAGCGGCAGCAAAUGGAGAGGCGUCAGGACCAGCUGGGACAUGUGUCUGUGCAGCUGCACGAGGAAUUGAAGAAACGGGGGUCCAAGUCUGAAGAGGUGGAGGAAUCACUGAAGGAGAAGCUUGGAAAGCUGGAGAGUGAGAAAAGCCAGUUGAAGGAGGAGCUGGAGCGAUACCGGAGGAGACUGGACCAGACGGAGGGGAGCCGGGAGACCCUGCUGUGCCAGGUGGAGGAUCUGCGCGGUCAGCUUGUGAAGCUGGAGGAGGAUCGGGGACACUUACAGCACCAGGUCUCUCACUUAUCCUUACAAAACCAACACGAGAACCAGGAGGAGCAGCGCAGGAUACGGGCAGCCAUAGAACGAUCCGAAAGGGAGAAACAGGAACUGGAGCGUCAGAUCAUAGAACUGCGCACGCAGGUGAGCCGGAGCGCCAUGCUGUCCGAGAUCGACAGUCUGAAACAAAGCCUUGACCUGAAGGACCGAGAGAAGGUUCAGCUGGCGGAGCACCUAGAGGCCUUGAACGUGGACACGGAGAAGCGGGAGCGCCAGCAGAUGAGGAUGUUGCAGCAGGUUAAGGAUAUCCAGGGCCGGUAUGAGACAUGUGAGAAGGAGAAGAGACAGCUCGAGAGCCAGAACGCUGAGAUGGGUCAGCAACUCGAGGAGGUUACCCAGGAGGCUGAGAGGUGCCUGACAGAACUGAGGCAGGCGGAGGCCCUCCGUAUGGAGGCCGACAAGAAGAAAGAAGAGCUGAAAUCAAAGGCGCAGGAGACCAUCAAACAUUGGAAGCUGAAAUGUAAGAAGGUGGAGCGGGAGCUGCAGAAGAAAGAGGAGGCCGUGAGUCUGUCAUCUGAGCACUGCGCGCAGGCAACUAAGGAGAAGGAUGAGCUGAAAUGUCAGCUCCAGGCCGCCGUCCAACAGGUGGAAAAUUUGCGCAAAGAGCUGUCGGAGGUGCUGAGCCGCCGUGCCCAGCAGGAGGAGGAGCUACAUCUCCGUCAGGUGCGCGUCACCGAACUUCAGGAUCAACAGCUGGAACUGGACAAAGAAGUGCGCGAAGCCCAGGAGCUGGUGGGGCGGCUGCAGGGAGAGCUGCAGCGACAGGUUGAGCUCCAGCAGCAGCUGCAGGAUGACCGGGAAAGGUUGCAGGGAGAGAUGUUGUCCGCGGCGCGAGCCCAAGAAAAGAGCAACGAGAGGAUCCUGGAGCUGCAGGAGUCUGUGAGGGAUCUGAGCGCAGAGCGGGCCGAGAUCAGCAGUCGUCUGGCCCAGGAGGAGAAGAGUGCCAAGGAGCUGAGGAGGAACCUGUGCGAGGCCCAGAAACAGGCAGAGUUCGCCCGGGAAGAGCUGAGCUCAGCAGGACGGCAGCUGAAGAUGGAGCGCGAUGUACAUCAGCGAGAACUGACCGACCUGCGCUCUGCUGCCCAGUCGGCUAAAGCCAAACAUGAGCGCAACAUCCAGGAGAUGCUGACACACUUUCACCAGGAGAGGGAGGAGCUGGAAUCUCACAUCCGCACCUUGAAGUCAGAGCUGAUCGACAGCAAAUCCCUGGUGAAGUCCGAGCGUCAGCGGCUGGAGAAGAUGAAAAUAGAAUGCGACAAACUGUGUGAGGAGGCGCUCCGCAGCAAAGAGGAGAGCGCUGCCCUGAGGUGUAAGUGUCAGCUGGCGGCACAGGACAUGGAGGAGAAGGAUCAGCGAGCGAAGAAACUGGAAGAUCUCAAUCAAAGCCUCAAGGAGAAGCUGAAUUCUGUAGAGACCGAGCAGGAGACCAUCCUGAGCGCCAUAGAGACCGAAAUCAACGCGGCCUGUCACAUCCUGUCCAGGAACGCCACAGAGAAAUUCAAACCGGUGCCCAGCGUUGCCCACCUGAGGGACGACCCCCACUAUUGGCUGGCAGAGACUAAGACAAAACUCCAUUGGAUUUGUGAGGAGCUGAAGGAGCGCGAUGAGCGGGAGAGGAAGCUCCGCAGUCAGCACCAGCAGUGUCAGGAACAGCUGAAGGAACACAAACUUAAGAAAGAAGCCGAGAAAGACGAGCGGCGCCUCCAUAUUAACAAGCUGGAGCAGCAACUGGAGGAGGCUCACCAGGAGAAGAAAGAAUUACUGGACAAGACCCACAGACGAGAUGAGGAAAUGUGGCUGCUGCAGGAUCGGGUGGUGGAUCUAGAACGGAGCACACGCAUGGCCCUGGAUCAUCUGGAAUCUGUUCCGGAGAAGCUCAGUCUACUGCAUGAUAUGAAGGAUCUCAAUGACUCGAGUCUUCAGAGAGAAGUAAUGGAGGAAAGAUAUGCUCAAUAUCGAGAGAUCGUCGGCGCCCUGCAGCAACAGCUAGAAGAUUCCAAGCGCAGGAUCCAAGAGUACAGGGAGGAAAAAUUAAAGGCGGAUGUCCAGAGUGCGCGGCUCUCAGCUUUAUCUGCAUCUUUAAGGGGGAACAGCAGCUUCUUAUCCAGCUCCCAGCGCUCAGACAUCUCCUUACAGCUACAAGUUUACAUUCACUUCCUGUGGACUUGGCUUCUGUCUGUGUCUAAAGAAAAUUCUCAUUUUGAUCAGAAUCAUGGAGGAACUGCUCAUUAUGGUGGAUUAUGGGGGUCGGAUCCAUUAGCAUCAGCUCUUUUGUUAUCUAUACACUGGUAUCACUUCUCACUGUAAUGUUGCUUGUGAUGAUAAGGAGGAGACUACUGGGAAGUGAUUGUACACAACAGGAAGUCUCAGCUGAUUAUUAGGCCUAGUGGCCACAAUGGAAACUGCAAGAUUUCAGAAUUAUUUCACUGUAUAAUAUAAAUUGGCAAAUAAAAAUUUUUAAAAAACAUCAGCAAUUCAUAAUCGGUUAAGGACAAUGGAUGUAAAUGUGAGUUCUGAUAACGCACCAGGACGUACAUUUACCACUGCAGGAGCUGCCGUCACUUCACGCACAGCAGGUCCCGGCUGCUAUCACAAUCCAGAGAACCGCCGGUAAUGGUGGACAUCAGCAAUCGCAUUGAUGCCUGCCAUUAACCCUUCAGAUGCCUUGAUCACUGCAUCUGUGGCAUUAUCGGAUCUCCGGGGGUAACCUUAUCAGACUACCCGUGGAAUAAUCGCAGGGGUCCAAUGAGUGAAGGUAACAUCAGAGCUCUGCUCACCAGAUCCCGGCCAGCUCCAGUAAUCUUCUCACCGAUAUUACUGUUUGGUGCUAUACAUGGCGAAUGUAUCUCAUAUGCAUGUAAACUUCUAGAGCUUUAUUACUUAACACUUCCUUGCUGCU